CCCCCGUAAAAAUUCCUGGGGAGAAAUACCUUCGAAAAAAAUCUAAGUAAAUCAAGCAGAGACGAAAACAAAAAGGAAGUAAUCGGAAACGUGUCGUUCUUGUGUGCGAAUCGCUUUUCGUUAAUAUUUUAUGGAUGCUAUCUUUCUAUAAUAAAAGACGAAUUUUAUAUAAGGACAGAGACUGAUGUUUUCUAGGCUAAUUCGACAGAGGCCGUGGUUCUGUAAUGGCGAAUGUGUCGACACGCGUCCAUGGCACCAGUGUAGCCCUUUUGUUCGCCAUAGUCAGUUCCUGGAUUAUUCCCUUUACAGUUAAAUCACCAGCGUUCCUUUUUCCGCCUUUUACUUUUUUAAUACAACGGUUAUUUCAAGCAGCUUCGGUCAGAUACACACGGAAAGCGACCUGUGUGUGUUGUUAUUAUUUUUUUUAAUCCUCGAAGCUCGCGCUGCGCUCGCGACAAGCGACUGGGAGCUCGCGUUGUGCACGGUGUCAAGCGACCGGAGCUCGCGCUGCGCUCGCGACAAGCGACUGGAGUAGUGAGUGUUGACCCGUUCAUAUACCUGCAUCUGUUGGGAGAACCGUUAAAAGUUAAAGAGCGCGUGUUUAACGCGAAACCGUUCUGCGCGUGCAGUUAAACCUCUGCUCGAGCGUAAACGAUGUAAGCUGAAAUAACGCACGCUGACAGCAUGGGGCUGGACUUUGAUGUGAAAACAUUCUGCCAUAACUUGCGUGCCACCAAGCCACCAUAUGAAUGCCCGAUUGAGACGUGUCGCAAGGUCUACAAGAGUUACAGUGGUAUCGAGUACCACCUGUACCAUUAUGACCACGACAACCCACCUUCUGCUCAAGGAACACCGCAGAAGAAACGUAAGGGUCGCCCAGCUCGUUCCUCACUACCCACGUCCGGAGAUGGCUCUGAACUUGGGAACGUUCACCCUAUGUCUGGGCACGGUGGUAUGCCAGGUAGCCCAGCAGAUAACUCGGACCACUCACAUUCUCCUGGGAGAGACACAAUGACCUACGCUCAGGCUCAGCGCUUGGUGGAGCUGGAGAUCCAUGGCAAAGUGCACCGCCUAAGCAUUUUUGAGGACCUCGAUGUGGUGUCUGAGGAGGACAGUGAGGCUGAUGAUGGAGUAGGCAGGUCCACGACAUGCAACGGUGAGAACGGGGUCAGUGAAAGUGGGACCAAUGGAAAGGACAGACCUGACACCCCCGCUGCAGCCAAUGGGGGUAAAGGAGCAGGGGCAACACCCAAAGCGGGCAAACACAAGAGCAAAGAAAAGAAGAAGGAUGCUAUGCAUCAUCAUGGAAAUCCACCAGGGCCAGCGGUCAAGCUGCCUGAGGCUGUGUUUCGAGAGCUGGAUCAAGACAGACCAGACGCACCACCAAGACCAACAUCUUAUUACAGGUACAUAGAUAAAUCUGUGGAGGAGCUGGACGAGGAGGUGGAGUAUGACAUCGAUGAGGAAGACUAUAUCUGGCUGGAUAUUAUGAAUGACAAACGGCGUAGUGACGGAGUGACGCAGAUCCCUCAGGAGGUGUUUGAAUACCUGAUGGAUCGGUUAGAAAAGGAAUCCUAUUUCGAGAGCCACAAUAAGGGCGAGCCGAACGCGUUGAUCGACGAGGACGCCGUGUGCUGCAUUUGCAACGACGGCGAAUGUCAGAACAGCAACGUCAUACUGUUCUGUGACAUGUGUAACCUAGCCGUGCACCAGGAGUGCUACGGCGUGCCUUACAUCCCAGAGGGUCAGUGGCUCUGCCGUCGCUGCCUGCAGUCACCUUCCCGUGCAGUCGACUGCGCUCUGUGCCCUAACAAGGGCGGAGCCUUCAAGCAGACCGACGACGCUCGCUGGGCUCAUGUUGUGUGUGCAUUGUGGAUACCCGAGGUAUGCUUUGCCAACACAGUCUUCUUGGAGCCGAUCGACAGCAUCGAGCACAUUCCGGCGGCACGCUGGAAGCUGACAUGCUACAUAUGUAAGCAGCGUGGGGCCGGGGCAUGUAUCCAGUGUCACAAGGCCAACUGUUAUACGGCUUUCCACGUGACGUGUGCACAGCAAGCUGGGCUCUACAUGAAGAUGGAGCCCGUGCGCGAGACCGGCGCCAACGGAACCUCGUUCAGCGUGCGCAAGACAGCUUACUGUGACGUCCACACGCCACCCGGCACGGCCCGUCCUCUGGGAGGAGGCACCGGGAGCGGCUCCUCUCUCAGCGAGGCAGAGGAUGAGGAAGAGGAGGACGGCGGUGGAGUCGGAGAGGAGCGGGCCAAAAGGGCAAAGGCCAAAUCGAGGCGGAAGCUAAAGAGGGCACGGAAGAUCCUAGCAGAGAAGAGAGCGGCUGCGCCUGUGGUGUCUGUGCCAUGCAUACCACCACACAGGCUGAGCAAGAUCACAUCCAAUCUAACAGUACCCAGGAAGAGUCAGUUCAUGCAGCGGCUACAUGCUUAUUGGACCCUAAAGAGACAGAGUCGCAACGGUGUCCCUCUGCUACGUCGCCUUCAGACACACCUGCAGUCCCAACGCAACGUGGAACCUGUUCCAUCUAUAACCACGGAUGGUGAGGAGAAGCAUACAGCGCUGAAGGAACAGCUAAAAGCUUGGCAGAGACUCAGGCACGACCUGGAGAGAGCCAGACUUCUCGUGGAGCUCAUCCGCAAGAGAGAGAAACUCAAGAGGGAGGCGCUGAAGGUUCAGCAGUUAGCCUUGGAGAUGCAGCUGACGCCGUUCCUGGCAUUGUUGAGGAGUACGCUGGAACAGCUGCAGGAACGAGACACAAGCAAUUUCUUCACUGAGCCUGUGCCACUGAAUGAGGUCCCAGACUACCUGGAUCACAUCGAGAGGCCCAUGGAUUUCCAGACCAUGUGGACAAGUCUGGAGUCUCAUCGCUAUCUUGGCUUUGAUACAUUUGAGGGUGACUUUCUGCUCAUUGUCAACAACUGCCUCAAAUACAAUGCCAAGGACACGGUGUUCUACCGGGCAGCAUUGCGGCUGCGGGAGGCAGGCAGUGGGAUCCUGCGACAGGCUCGGAGACAGGCCGAGCGAAUCGGCUACGACUUUGAAACAGGCUUGCAUCUGCCCCGAGAGCCCAGCCCUGAAUCUCCACGUGAGAGGGAGAGAGAGAGGGAGAGAGAACGAGAAAGACAGCGAGAGAAGGAGAGAGAGAGAGAGCAGGACAGGGAAAGAGAGAUGUCCCCUUCUGUUAAUGAAGACGACCUGCGGCGUCUGCCACUAGAGGAGCAGUUACGGGUCUUACAGAAACAAUUUGAUGACGUCAGUUCAGGGAAGCACAGCAUCGGUCGCUCACGUCGAGCCAAGGCUCUGAGGAAGGAGAUGACGGUCAUUAAACGCAAGCUAGCGCAUCAGCGGGAUGGUGGGUCCAGUGGGGGCAACCGAGAAUCAGGCGCGUCCGGAGAGCGUGGCUCUAACCUUGUACACCAUGCUUCAGGAGUCGCAUGUCAUGACGAGGGAGGGGAAAGCAGCAGCCAGGAGAUUAGUGGAAAAGACAUCACUGCUACUGCCUCUACGCUAGCAUCUGAAGUGGGUCGCCGAACCUCAAUCCUCUUCUCCAAAAAGAACCCAAAGGCCACUGGACCCCCGAAACGUCCCGGCCGCCCCCCUAAAAGACGCGACAUAAUACACAACUCUGGGGCAAUGAGCUCCAGUCCUAUAGGACCUCCACAGCUCCCUGUGAUGACCACAACACGUCAGCGCAAGAGACCACGAAGCCCUUGCUCUAGUUCCAGCUCUGAGAGCGAGAGUGACAACGAUCACGUAGGCCUCAGUCUGCCUAGCAACGGGUUCGAUGGUGGCAGUAAACCUGUGACUGAGAGUUUCCUGGUCUACAGGAACGAGCCACGUUAUCCCCGCUCCAGCUCUGACUCCGAGUCUACAACCAGCAGCAGCAGCAGUGCCGCCUCUGACAGAACAAGUACCACUCCUUCAAAGCAGGGCCGUGGGAAGACUUCAUUCUCACGCUCAACGUUUCCAGACGACAGCAGCGAGGAAACAUCUGGAACAGAGAAUGACUCCUAUUCAGUGGGAGGAGCCAGAGGCGUUUCACACUUGGUGCGAAGCCGGAGUAGGUCAGGUUGCUGGAUGGGCUCAUCGGACUACACCACACUAGAUGCCCUCGAUCUCGUAUGGGCCAAGUGUCGAGGAUACCCCUCUUAUCCUGCUCUGAUUAUUGAUCCCAAAAUGCCACGGGAGGGUAUGUUCCAUAGGGGUGUGCCGAUCCCUGUUCCCCCACUGGAGGUGCUCAAGCUGGGGGAACAGAUGACCCAGGAAGCACGGGAGCAUCUAUUCCUUGUGCUGUUCUUUGACAACAAGAGAACUUGGCAAUGGUUGCCACGCUCCAAGCUCGUACCGUUGGGGGUCGAUCAAGAGCUGGAUAAGGAGAAGAUGCUGGAAGGCAGGAAGUCCAACAUCAGGAAGUCGGUCCAGGUGGCGUAUCAUCGUGCCAUGCAGCACCGUAACAAAGUGCAGGGUGAUCCUAGCAGCGACACGAGUGAUAGUGACUGAAACACACACACCCACAGAGAAAAUAAUGGUGAAAACAGCAUGCAUGAACCUCUGAAAUGAUUAUCUAUUUACACAAAUGUGAUAUGCAUCAUUGAUGCACACAGGUGGUAUGUGUACCUACGUUUACGCUUAUGGAUGUCAAAGACACACACACAUCAUAGUAAUCCAACUCUUUGGUGCUAAAUAACUUUGGGCAUGGUGUACGGUGUGUAUUGUGUUUUGUCAGGUCUCUAGUUUGGAUGUUUUUAAAAAUAUAAACUGGUAGAUUUUGUAGAGUUCUCCAUGCCAGGAAAAGAAAACGCAGCAGAACGGAAACACAUUCGCACUCUCACACACACCUCACCUCACCCCCACACUACAGCGUUCAGUCUAAAUUACUGAACAUGUCUGGACAAAGUGAAGUUAAAUGAGACUCGUCGAAAUCUUUAGUCACAGGUCUCUGACGUGUGCGUUUGUUUCGACACGCACCAGCCACGACUCCAACACAACUUUAAUAGUGCAUGCUUUUGUGUGGAUGACUGGGAAAGGAGCGGAUCAGUCCUACCUUCCUAUCAGUUCACGACAGAAGGUAAUGUGAGUGAGAGCAUGCAACAGAGAAAUCUCAGAUAUAUGUAGAAGACAUGUCUGUGAACCCAAACAGAGUGUGUGUGUGUGUGUGUGUGUGUGUGUGUGUGUGUGUGUGUGUGUGUGUGUGUGUGUGUGUGUGUGUGUGUGUGUGUGUGUGUGUGUCGCGCAAGUGUGAAUGUCCACUGUGUAGCAGAUUUUAAGCUGUGUGUGUGUGUGUGCGUGUGUAUGGCGAGUUGUGAGACACAAUGUGAGUGAAUGGUUGUGGAUAAAAAAAAUAAAAAAAACGAGCUGUAAUUAAAUGCACAACAUGAUUUCCUCACUUUAAACAGAGGACAAACUCCCGUCUGAAGAAUUCUCAUUUAUUUAUUUGAUCACACAAGCAAUUCUCAUCCCUACAUGCACUCACACACACUACAACACAAACGCACUCGCACAUGUCUUGUGUCACGGUGUACCCAUUGUUGUUCGGUCUGUUUUGUACUUUUCUUGUGCUCUGUAUUAUGUAUUAUGAGAAGGACUAAAUGGUGUGCUCUCUUUUCUGGUUACAUGCCAAUCCUGUCACUGUAGAAUUUUUAUAUAAUAAAAGAAAUCUUAAGAUAGAAUUUAAUAAAAAAAAAAACUGAGUUUUGUA